CUUUCGCAGUGUUUGAACUAAAAAUGACUUCAAAAUUGAACAGCAAUCCGGAAUCGAAGAACUUGUACGCAUUGGUACGAUUCGCAAUGGCAAUAUGAUUCGAAAACGGCGGACUCGGUGCUGAAGUCGAUGCAUGCAUCCUAAAAAAGGGGAUCCUCGGUGAGAGAAUCGAUUCGUUCGCGCCUUCACAACCCGCCGACGACAAUACUUCCAAUCGAGCACGUGUUUCGUUUCGUGUUGUGCUGUGCCUCCAAGUUUUGAUUCAUACUGUCGCAUCGCGUAUGUAGUUCCGCUUGUGACGAUCAUAAUAUUGAUAUUUAUAAUUUCAGCUCGGUAUUAAUUACUUUGAACUUCACGUAAUUCGAUCGUCUUCCACUAUUACUAUUUAUUAUUGAUGAAAAAUUACACGUAUUCGUGUUACGUAAUUUACGCGGUUUGCGAACCGUUAAGUUAGCCCAAGUUACCAACGGUUUUUUUUUUUUUUUUGUUUCGAAAGGUGUUUUAUGUAUAAGAAGUGUUAUCAGUACUUACAAUGACGUCACGAGCCGAGGAGACGAAAAGCCUUACGUGGGAUUUGGAUGAAAUCCUGACAGAUUUGAAAUUCGGACGAUACCAAUUGAAAAAUUUAUUACUGAUUGGUUUGCUGUUGAUGUUCGCCAAUAUUUUCCCAUUAAGUUUUACACUAACCGCCGGUGAUUUAGAUUAUAGAUGUCGAAUACCAGAAUGUGACAACAAUGUGACAAUUUACAAACCAUCGUGGCUAACUAAUGCAGUUCCUUUUAAAGAAGAUAGUCCACGAAAAUGCGAAAUGUACCAACCUGUCGAUAACGUACGUGAGAAUUUAACAUGCUCAAAAGAAGGAUUCAAUACUUCUGUUAUUCACCAAUGCCACGAUUGGGUGUUCGCCACAGAAGAAGUGACCAUUGUGAAAGAGUUCAAUAUUUUAUGUGAACAAUCAAAAUGGGAAUUGGCGAUGAUCGGUACCAUUAACAACAUUGGUCAAUUUUUUGGUAUACCUAUAUUCGGUAUUAUUUCAGAUAGAUAUGGUAGAAAAUUUGUAGCUUUGUCCUGUACAAUGUUAUCGGUGUUGUUUGGAAUUUUACGAGGUUUAUCAACCAGUUACCUGAUGUUCGCGGCAUUUGAGUUUUUGGAUUCAUUUUUUGGCAGCGCCAUUUACGGAACCGCAUUCAUAUUGGGUAUCGAAUUGGUGAAUCCAAGUAUGAGACCAAUUGCUGCCACAAUAAUUGGAACGUUUUAUCCUAUCGGUGCUGUCAUCAUGGGCCUUUUAGCUUGGUAUUUGCAAAAUUGGAGGCAAUUAUUGAUAGCUUGUUAUUCGCCGGCUUUAUUAUUCGUUCUAUAUUAUUGGCUUAUUCCAGAAUCAGUUAGGUGGCUACAAACAAAUGGACGUCAUGACAAGGCAUUCGCAAUUUUAAAAAAGAUCUCAGAUUCAAACGACAUUAAAUUACCUGAUAGAGUUUUAGAAGACCAUAAUGAAGACAUGUUUAUUAAAAAAAUUGAUGACGACGAACCGAGUGAACCAUUUUGGAAACCUAUUUUCACCGCCUUUAAAUCAAAACAGCUGCUGUUGAGAUUAUUCAAUUGUUCGUUUUCAUGGUUCACCGGUACUCUGGUGUAUUACGGAUUAUCGAUCAAUUCGAUCUCUCUGGCUGGCGACAAGUAUCUUAAUUUUAUUUUAACCAAUGCUGUCGAAGUACCAGCGUUCAUUUUAUCCGGUUUUAUUAUGGAAAAAGUCGAACGACGUGUUUCAUUAAGCGCUGCAUUUUUCUUCAGCGGUAUUACGUGUAUUCUUUGCGAAUUUAUUCCUGCCGAUAUGCAAGUUACGCAGAUUGUAUUCUUCCUACUAAGCAAAUUUCUCAUCACUACAUCGUUUAAUAUUAUCUAUAUUUACUCGGCGGAAAUGUUUCCAACGGAAUUACGUUUAUCUUUAUGCGGUUUGGCUUCAAUGUUUGGUCGUGUUGGGUCAAUGAUCGCGCCCCAGACUGUUUUAUUGCGUGAUAUGUUCGGUAAGCACGCCCCCGUAUUAUUAUUCGGUGUAAUCGCUGUGGUAGCCGGAGGUUUAUCAACUUCGUUCCCUGAAACGCUAAAUAAGAAACUACCCGAUACGUUGAACCAAGCUAAACUGGAAAAUGAAGAAUAAUGGUGUUCGAUUCCUGAAUGUGCGAAAAAUCAAAAAGUGUAAACACUACUUAGCAGAAAUGCAUUCCAUUACUAUACGUACGAUCCCCUGGAGGGUUUUUUUAAAGACAGAUUUUAUCUGUAUUAUUAUUUGUGAUGACUUUUAAAGUAACUUUUUUUUUCUAAUUAAUUUUUUCAGAAUAGCCUCGCUAGAACGAUGUAUUAUUUUAUGUAAAAAUCGCGUUACCAAUUGUCAACUAUUUCGAAUGAUGAUUUUUUACGCAAAAUUUUAUUCAACUCUCUCGUGUUUAUAUUAAACAUGAUUUUAUAAAUGUGAAUAUAUUCGGUGAAUUAUCUUUUUUUAUAUGUCGUAUUUGUAUCGUAACAAUUACAUGUUUUUAUUUUUACGAAUAUAUAAGUAUUUUUUGCAUUUAUGUA